CCCUGGGUGGUGAGCCGAAAGGUAUGCGCCACCGAGGCAGGGACGUGCAUGUUGUCGUGUUGGUGCCUGACGGCGCAAAGUGGGCAGGGGAGCGCAUAUUCUGGACGGAUGAGAACGGUGGGUUAGGGGAGCUUAGGCAAAAGAAAUACCGGAAUGUAAUUGACAGCGGAAGAGCGAGGACUAGACGUGGGACUAGGACCUAUGAUAGAGACUGGGAUAUGGAGUUCCCGAGUCCAGGCGUCCUUCCGCCACAUCCUCAGUCGGCGAGGUGGUGAUGGUUGCGGUAUUAUGAUGUCAACCAGAAAUAUUGG